UCCUCAUAAAAUUAAAUUCCACAUAAAAUAAAGAAAAAAAAUGGGACAUAUAUAUUACUUUAUAAAUAUUAGAUCUACAACUUCAAUCAACACGAAAUAUUUACUGUAAGAUGGAACUGGCAUAUUAAAUAUUGUAAUUACAACAUUUACAAGUUUAUACAUCUAUUGUGUACAUCACGCUUCACUGAUAAAGAGACACCUUGAAUUGUGCAACGGCACACAUAGACGCCCAGAUUUACUUUUGUACGUAUUAUCGACAAUGUAACUGAAGACACGUUACUCCUCUGUAAACUUACAGAACUUUAUAAAUACGACACACAUUUUUACGUCAAGUCUUUCGCGAUGAGAUUUUCCCGCGACCACGUUAUGGCAUCGCAUGUGUUCUGGCGUUUUGUGGCGUGCUACCUGGUUUGCAUUCUAUGCAGGAAUGCAUUCAGUGAAUCAACAUUCGCGAAAGUUUUUGCAUCAAUUAAUGACACUUCUGAGGCGGAUACAAAAUCGAUGUUCAAGAUUGAGAAUGUACUUAAAACACGAACAACCCUGGAUGGGAUUACUCAAUCAUUCAAGGAUAACUGGUCUAAAUCUGAAAUUCAGCGAGAUUCUCUACUUGUGAAAGACGCAUCAGAAACAAAACCAAGAUGUUCUAGGUAUUGCAUACAAAACCUAAAAACAAGAGAAGAGAAGGAUAAUUCUUUUAAAAAUAACAAUAUAUGUAUAUCUUGGUUUGCCGGAAAUCAAAGUGAAGAAGUUGAUUUUUCACUAGAACAUAAUGCAGAAUUCAAUAUGUCAAGACGAAUAUCUAUGGAUAAUAAAAAUGCAGCACUCUUAAACAAUUGUGAAGUUUAUCUCGAUUCGAAUUGUGUGUGUAAUAUUAUAAAUAUAGGAGAAAAGUCGAUUAACGAACAUAAUAAAGUUUACUCAAAUUCAUAUUUUAAUCGGCAAAAUGUUGAAACCUUCCGAAAUCCUUUUUCGAAUGGUAUUUCAAAAUUUUCGAAAAAAUUACUACACCGGACUAAUUUGAGAGGAUAUACUGAAAGUAAUUUUCACGUUGAUUCUAAUACAACUGGAAUUGUAAUCAACAUUUCGGGUAAUAUUACGCGCGUAGUUCUGGCUAUACCUAUAAGUAAGUUACAUAUUUUUUCUGUUAAGAAAGAGAGAUUUUUUAAUUUAUGUUUUCUGUCUAAAAAAAUGUUGUAUGUAAGAAACUACUUUAUGAUUAACUUUGUUAUGACACUCACAAAUAUAUCGAUUUUGUCUGUUGCACGUAAAGUUGGAAGAUUUAGAGAGAAUAACAAGAAGAAAAUCAAAGAGAAAGAAUCAACUAAAGAGACAUAGAUACCUAAGCAAAAUGACAAAUCAAUAGUAUCACUUUUAUAUCACGUGCUUUCCCUACACAAUAUAUCUAUAUGUAUUAUACAGUACGUAUAGCAUACUCUUGUGACAUAAGAAAAAUACACCAUAUUCACUUCAUGGAACGUUAUAAUCUUUACGUUCAUUUUCUCUAUCCAAGCAUUGCUUCGUGUAUAUAUUUUAGAAAAAAAGUUUAUUUAUUUUUAUAGAAAGUAGAAAUAUUUAUAACCUAUUGAAAAGAAAGAAUAAUAACAAAUUCAAUUUGUCGCCCAAUACUGGCAGUUUAUUGAUGUUAAAGACAACGUUUCGACCACUAAUCGGGUCCUUUUCAAGCGUUAAACAAUCUCUUUCUAAAAUGAACAGAAAAUACCACAUUAUACAAAUUAUUAAAAUACAAAUGAUAACCAACUAUUUCAAACACUUACUGGCUGAAAAA